AUGGCGGAAGCGGUAGACGGAAAGGAGAAAAUUAUUGAAUAUAUUUUGGAGUUUUCGAAGAAAUGGCUUGAAACGCGAAGCAGAAAAGGGACAAGUACUAUCUAGAAACGUACCUUGAAGACGUCAAAAUCCUGCCUUCGGAAGACUGCUGCGUGAUAAAAACGAAGUGUUAUCGAUCAACGAGAAAGACUGAAACACCACACAGCUAAAGAAUUGUUUUUAAUAAUAGUUCCGUAGACGGAUGUAUAGAAACUGUCACUCAGUGUUCAUGUAAAGCCGGAACUGGGAAAUGCCAGCAUUUAUCUGCGUUGUUUACCCACCUAAUGGUAAAACUGCGCGAUGAUGACUGACCAACUUCGCAUCUACAACAGCAGCACAGACCUCAAGGUCCCUCACUUGAACCACAAAGAUGGUUUGCCUCAGAGUUUGCAAAGCUAAGAAUUUAUCGGAAGCCUCGGGAAGUGUCCCCUAAAAUUGUGCAGGAGUAUUUAUAUGACAAAGUAACGCAUGAUCCCAGAAAUAUUGAACAAAGACUAGUUACUGAAGAAAACAUACAGCAACUAGGAGAGAACAUCUCAGCUGAUAGUCCUACCACUUAUGCUUCUUGGCUCAAAUACUAUGACUUAGCAACCAAUCAGUCCCUUCCUUGGGGAAAUUUCUUGCAAGCCUGCCCUUUAUCUAAUCAAUUAAGGGAUAUUUAUCCCGCUAGCUUCGUUGAGUCUGUCUACAGUGACGGCUUAGAGGCACUGUUUGACUUUUCUGUAGAAAUUAACUCACCAGAAUAUGUUAGGAAAGGUCCACUGCCAACAGUUACAAAGGAAGAGAACACUUUCCUAGCAAAUAUGGAAUGGAAAGGUCACUUGAAAUUGAAAAAAAUAAAAGAAGUCAGUCCAGCAGCUUAGUUUGGCAUCAAGCAGACUCAGGCCAUGAAAUAUGGUCUAGAGCUAGAACCAGUGGUUGUUAAAGAGAUCAAAGAGGUAACAGGACCUCAAGUCAUAAAUGUGGUUUGCUAGUUCAUCCCGAUAUUUACUGGAUGGGUUUUUCCCCUGAUGGAAUCAUUUAUGAUCCUAAUGCUAUCGGCUGGCAUUCUAGAAAUAAAAUGCUUAUUUGCAAUGAGGGGUAAGACAAUCGAGGAAUGCUUAGAGCUGAAGAGAGACAUUUUCGUUUAUCCAGACGAGAAUGGAGACAAAGACCCAGACGAAAUCAUAGAUACAACUUUCAACUUCAGGACUUGAUAGGAAUUUUGUUUGUUGUGGAGCAAAUUUUGCUUCCAUUCUAAGGAAGGUUCAGAGAAUCUUUUAGUGGAGAAAAUAGAAUUUGAACCUGAAAUCUUUCACAAACUUACUUCUAGAGUUCACGAAGUUUAUUUUUCCCACUGCGUGCCAUACCUAGUAAGGCAUUAAGAUUUUUUUUUAUAUAUAUCGCAAGGGCCAUAGAGGAUGGAAAAUUAUAUAUAAAUAACUUAUACAUAAAUAAGUUUGAACAAACAGUUUAAUCACUCAACAAUGCCAGUUUUGAAGUAUACAAGUGUGUCAGUCAUGUGAAAUGUUCAUGUUUUAACAAGAAAAUCUUAAUAAGUCACAAAUCUUCCUCAUUCUCCUGGUUGAUGUUUGGAGACUGAAAUAAUAGUAACAUGCAACAUAAUGUUUAAAUCUGGUUUAAGACUCCCAGCAAGAGACAGGGGAGCAACAUUGUUAAUAAUCUUGUACAUCUUGAUUCUACUGAUAGCCCUCUCUACGUGGAUUCGAACACUAGCUACAGACUGUGUAGUUUCCACUUCUUCUUCAUCAAACUGGCCUUUUUCAGAAAGAAAGGGAGGUGUAUUUAAAGUCACUUCAAUUUGAUCUAAUAGAUCUUUAAUGUUAAAUCCCUUGUCUGCCAUGCAGUCAUCUCCUUUCUCCAGCAGCUCAAUGGAUUCCACUUUGUCUUGCUUCCAGUGUAGAGAUCAGAAGUAAAUACUGGAGCACCAGGUUUUGGUAGUUUUUGUGUUCUUGUAAGAGGAGAAACACUGACUCUGAGCUCGCAGGGAUGAGGGUUUGCAAACCUUCUAGUAGUCCGGGACCGUUUUUUAUUAGACCACUGAAAGAUAGACGGGACAGCAUCUUUUUUCAGGACGCUCUUCUUUCCUUUUUGCAUCUUCGCUAACCGUUUAAUUCUUCCCGCAGAAAUGCAUCGAGCAGACACUUGUGAAAAACCAGACAGGUUUUCCUCGCUAAAAGUUGUUUACUUCCUACUUUAUCGACAAUCGAAUAUUUCUUAAAAUAAUAACUUUUUUGUAUCGUAUUCGAUUGACGAUUUGCUUCCGAAUUGAUUGAGUACGCGUGAAUAAAUACACGAAAAUGAAAGGCCUCGAUUCGGGAGAAGUUAUAUCAUUACCAACGAGAAAAAAAAAAAACCUGAUGAACAUGGCGCUUCAUUUCAAUCAUCGCCGAAAAUAGACAGCAGGCUUAUCACAAGACUCAUUUGCAUACAAUGAAAGUCUACAACACCCGACCAGUUAGCCUCACCAUCGAAGUUAUGCUCAUUAAGAUUAAUUUUUUCGACCACUGAAGUAUUCACUUGUUCCAAAGUAAUCAACGCUUUCAACCGACCUGUUCCGGAAAAGGUCUACGUUUUUCGAAUUAAUCUUUCCUAAGCUUUCUUCACAAAACAUGCAUGGUGCCGGUCACGCAGCGAAACCUCUCUUAUGAAAUGAGUUUUAUUUUCACGAGAAUAAAAAAAAAAUCAUUUUCAAACCAAUUCCUUCGUACUUAGCCUUGCUUUCAAACAAAAACGUCCCAGUGAAUGCAAUUUAGGCACGGUCUGUCUUUGGAUCACACCGGACACGCAAGACUAACAAUGGCAAAAAUGAAACCCUAUUAAACGAUCGAGACUGUCAUUAACCUAUCUGGCCAAUAAACACAGUUGGCCGACUCAGUUAUAAAAACUGCACGCAUAAUUUAUUUAUUGGAGGUGUCAUUCUUAACUUGGUUUUUGUUUUGUUUUGUUUUGUUUAUUUAUUUUUAUGUUCUUAGUGAGUACAUUAAGGUUAUUGAUGGCAACGGUAUCACGGUUAUCAGUCGCUAUGGAUCCUCUUCUGUCACCCAGAAAUCUUUCCGGGAAGUUUCUUUUGGGAAUUCUGGAAACAUCACUGUCCAGAUCUUCCUACGGCGGAGCUACAGUACCUUCAAGUUACAAUUUGGAAUUUUAAAACAAGAAUCAGGUUAGCCUUUAAUCUGCUAAAUUAAUUUAAUGUUGCUUGAAACCCUGCUACGGAAGCACACAACGUUGUGCACGCUUUGCAGCGAAACAAAAAAUCUGGGUAAUGCUUUUGAUUUGUUGAGAAUUUGUUUCAACCCAUCAGAUGCACUACCCAGAACUGGGUAGUGGCACGUAAUCACCACGAAAUUUCUGCACUCGAUCCUCAGACGUCAUUCUCCUAGGAAACGCCCCCUCCCCCUAAUUAUUUUUUUCCCUCCGCGCUCUUUAUAAUUACCGAAAUCUCGCUAGUGAUCUAUUUUCAAUGCUGCGUUCGCAUUGGUUGAGCUACUACUAGGCUAUAUGUUAUAGCCCACUAGUAGCGAGAAGCGCCCGCUUUUUGGCGGCAAAAAGAAAAAAACGGAUUACUGUCUAGCGUUAACUAGCUAAAGUUGUCUUGUAUCGAUAUUUUUGACCAACUACUUGGAUUUUACUAAAACAAUUAUUCCUCUCGCCCUCGUGGCCUCUGCGUGAAUAGCUCAUUUGACCUUCGGCCUCAUGUACUAUGUUGUAAGUCACUUGCUAUUAUAAGUUGCCCUUUUUUGCUUGUUUUUAGCAUUUCCACUGGGUAACUGGAGGAUAUCCAUUGACAAUACUUCUACAACAAGCAUAAGAUUCUCCUGGCAAAACCUGCAAACACUCGUUGGUCAACAAACAAGUUAUUACUUUAUAUUCGUCAAAGACUCAUAUGGUAGAGGUCUAAAAGAAUACAUCGUCCCAGGAAAUACUAUUUCCCAUGUGGUAUCUGGACUGACAGCGUAUAGGGAGUAUCGGUUAUCUGUUGCUGGUGUUAAUUACAGUGGAAAUGCCUACAACAGCACAGAGAUCACAGCAUGGACAGACGAAGGGGGUACGUGCAACAUAUCUAAAGAUGUUGUGUUUGUUUGUUUGUUUUUUUCUUUUUUUUUUUUGUUUAUAUCUCGUGUAUCACAGGUGUAUGCAAAAAGACUCUUAGUAAGUGAAGAAUGGCCGUGUAAUAGAAACUCACCACCACCCUCGCUGGUCAAUAGGGAGCUUAAGCAACAACGACGGGGACGACUUCGAAAACGUCAGCUAAAAUGUGUUUUCGCGCUACUUAAGACUUUAUCGCGCUUAUUCCAUUUCGUUCUAUUCAUCAGAUGUUGGCGAAUUUUUCUGGAGUUGAAUUCUAAAGGGCUGUAUUUAAGUUCAGGAAAAGAAAAAGAGGGCCGUUGUCUUGUGUUCACGUCCUCCACAAAAAAAGUGAAAUUAGGCAGUUUGACGUCGUAGUCGUGCAACGAUGGCAAAGGAAUGUAUAAAAAAGCGUGAUACACGUCGGAAGUUGUUGUUUUGCCAAUCUAACCCUAUGGCUUUUCUGCCGUCCUCGUUGCCGUCGCCGUCGUUGCUGCUUAAGCGCCCUGAUAGGCUGAUUUAGCAACACAACGGCAACGUCAUUUCACGACGGGAAAACCCACGGAAAGGACUAAACUCGACUUCCGGUGCCAAAUUUGUCGCUCAGCCAUUGGUCAAGCCAGUUGUUUGAUUUGCGUUCGUCGUCUUCAACUGACGUUCCCGUUCUGCUGCUAAAUCAAUCUAAUAUCUAUGACCAACGGAACGGUUUGGGUUCAAUAUCUCCGUCGGUACGUUUAUAGUGUCCGCGGAGUCAACGUUUUGUAAUCAGUAUUUUUUGUUGUGGUGGUGGUUAUUGUCCUGUUCUGACUAGUGAUGUAGCAUAAAUUAAAGCCGUGACAUUUUACAGUUGUGGGCGUAGUAACCUGACCUUCGAGUGAAUGUUAGGCUGAGGUUGAUAUUGUUUUGAUACAAACCUAGCAUAUCAGAACAACACGAUUUACAUAAGGAAGCAUGAAGGUUGUAUUAAAGAAUGGUCAACUCCAGGCUCGCUUCUUUCUGUAACUGUAAUAUGACCUAUUCCUUGAUCUGCUCUGACAAAGGCUUAUUAAUCGCAAUAAGCCAUUGAACCAUUGAGGGUCCCCAAAUUACGUAAUAUUCCUGUUACUAUCACUAUACUUACACUAUGUAACCUAACUUAGUUGUGCUUAAAGAACAAAAACAAAGAAACAAACGAAACAAAAUCAGAUAUUAAGAUAACGGACUACAGAACAAUAUGCAUUUUCUGUUUUCUUAGUUCCUAGCAGGGCACCGUCAUAUAUCCGACUUUCAACCUUACAGUUUGCUGAGGUGAAAGUUCAGUGGAAUCCACUCUCUCAGCAUUACGCUAAUGGACGUCUUCUUGGAUACAAAGUAUACUAUAGGGAAUACUCCUCUUAUAAUUACUUAUACUAUGCAAAGAGUGUUAACACUAGCAGUGCAAAUGUUACUAUGAUGAUACUGAGAGACCUGAAACAGGCUACACGUUACCAAAUAGCAGUGACAGCCUUUACUUCUAAGGGAGAAGGACGACGCUCGUCCUGGUAUUUAAUAACCACAGGUAAAGCAUUUUUUUGUAGAUGAUACAGAUUGCUAUGUCUUUUCUUUUAGCGUGAGCAUUUUGGGCAACUCGAUAUCAAUUAAUUACUGGAUUGAUCAAAUCAUCUAUGAAUAAAUGAUGAGGUUUCAUCUCAGAAAUGUAAAAGCAACGUGCAAAAUGUUAACAGUAAAAACAUUGACUAUGUGAAUACAUUAUUAAAUGUGUGUGAUAGUGCCAUUUAAUUUCACACUUUUUACGGCCAAAAUUUAAUUAUUCCUAAUCGUUAACUCAAAGCAAAAAAAAAGGCCACUGUAAAUUCUAUAUUAACUCAAGAAUGAGGUGGAAUCUCUCCUAACAACCACUGUCAGUUCUCCACAAUGGGGAGCUCGUUUUGUCCCGUUUUCUAUUGUUUUUUGUUUUGUUUGUUUGUUUGUUUUUUUGUGUUUGUUUGUUUUUGUUUUCUUUUUUCUGUCCUGGCGUAAACGUUCACUCAUGUGUUUUUCUUUUCACAAUCGUCAGCCGUUCUCAUUAGCCUAUUACCCCUGUCUCUAUCUUCGGAGACCUAGGGGCGGUCGGUUGGGUCGGGAGAAACGGCGGUGAAAGCUUUCAAGAACGGACGAUAGAGCCCCUGGGAUGCAAACAAAACGUAGACAAAUAAAACGCAAAAAUGCUUGGAACUAUUGUGGCCUUUAUAAUGCUCUUCUUUUAUAUCUUCGAAAAAGGAUGGGACAGCCUUAUGGGCUUAUUAUUAUUAUUUUUUUUUAAUAUAUUUAUAUAUAUCUAGCCGGAUUUUUAAUAACGUUAUCGCCAAAUGGACCUUUUGCGUCUCCAAAGUAGCUAGUAGAGACCUUUAGCAUCACGCUUUUCAUGGGAAACCGCAAACCGCAGUUUGCAGUUACGCGUUUGCAGUUUCACCUUGCCCAGAUUUCAAAUUUUAGCAAGGCGUUCACUUCAGUUCAGUUUAGUUCAUUUUUAUUUAGCCAAAAUAUAAUACAAUGCAAGAAUACAUAUAGGAAUUGUAAGGUUGCAAGGGAGCCCAGAAGAAACCAGAAGGCUUUGAAGCCUGGGCUCCCCAGUCAUAAAAAAAUAUAUUAAAAAGGAAAAUAAAAUGAAAUUCGCGGAGUGAUACGUUAAAAAUAGGACCUAAACAGAGACUGAGUUAAGUUAUGAAUUUAGUAGCAAGAUAGGAAAAAAAAAGCUACUUAGUGGCUUUAAACGCGAGGCUGUUCAGUUUUUAGUGGCAAAAACCUUGCCGUAAAUCACUGGAAGCCCUUCCUGCGGUUCAAACGUGAACUGCAAACUGUAUCGAGCCACCUUAACUUCUUGGCAUUGGUUAUUCCAUAGGUUGCAGACGAUAUAUAAAUCAAUCAUUUGGCCAGCUACAAUUUGGCCCGAAAGGUUAUAUCGGUUCACUGCUGUGCACCUGGUCAAUUGGAAAUGUAGGAAUCGAACAAGCAGUUGCACUUAUCUCAAUACAAGAUCUCUACCUGUCAUCUUUUUAGUGAGUCAAACGAAACAAUGUCUUCCAUAGGGAAAUAAAUAACUAAGAUUUUUUGGUCUUUUUUUGUUUCAAGCCUAAGAGUUGUUCUACAGAAUUUAAAGCUGGUAAACUAUGAUAUCAUCGGAAAGGAUACACAAUUUUAUUAUUAUUAUUAUUGUAUUACUUGUGUAGUAUGCGAAAGUGUUGAAUGAUGAAUGAUGAAUGGAUGGACUGAUAGAGGAUAAUUUAGAUAAUAAAAUGGCUGCUUGCUUGGUUGCAAGGAUGUAAGGAUGAAACGACAGUGAGAAUAGAUAAGUGAAAGGAAGGAUAGUAGUUGAGUGUAUGGUCGCGGGUUUGAUAGCCGUAAUAUUGUACGAGGAAAAGGUACACCAUAUUGAUGGGAGGAGGUAAAGAGGUUAUUAUAGAAGAAGACAAGGAAAAAAUGGAGGGAGUGAGGAAAGGAUGAGGAAAGAAAGGGAGGAAGAAGUGAGAGAGGGGGAAGGAGGUAAAGAAGGAAGGAAGAAAGAAAAGAAUAACUGUUUGCUUCAGGGAAUAAACGAUGGUCAAGGAUGGCUGGGUUACAUUUAUUAAUGACAAGAUAAGCUUUUUUUUCCUUUAUUUUGCAGUGAGUACAUAAAAAUAAUCGAUGGGAGCGGUACGACUGUGCUUCAUCGCUACAGAUACUCAACGACUCCUCAAAAACCUUUCGCCAAAGUUUCUUUUGGAAACCAAGAAAAUAUCACCGUUCAAAUAAAGCUAUAUCAAAGUUCCAGUAAUGCCAGGCUUCGAUUCGGAAUUCUACCGCAGGGAUUGCAAUCGGGUAAGUUUCAUCCUUAUGUAGUUGACGUAACUUUAAUAUUGCGAGCUUUUGUAUUGCGCGUCUGAAACAACUACCUAACACAACAGUGUCACCCAAAAAAACCUAGAAAUCUUGGCGGUUUACAACACUUUGAGUCAGUCAUUCCCCUGAAACCACUGGAGGAUAUUAACUAACGAAUCUUUUUCCUAAACUUAAAUGGCUGACAUAUUUUAAACAUAUUGUGUAAUUUACACAAAGUUCGUUGAAAACAGGUACGUGGUUUUAGAGGAGAUGCAGUAAGCCAUUCUUUCUCAAUCGCAGUGUUGCGAAACAGGGGUCUUUUUUGCAUGAGUAUGUGCGGACCGCUGAACAAGCGAUUUGCAUGGAGGCUCACCACAGGGUCUGCCUUCUUCAAAAUGGCCCGUGUCAAAGCUAUCAUCGAGAUUAUUUUGCUCGUUGGUCUUGGCGAAUGUGCUCGUGAUUUAACAAAAUGUGUACCCUGGGUUCCAAAGGAUAUUUUUUCUUAUCGAUACUGAUAUACGCACAGUUUUCGUCUUAUGUAUUUUGAGAACGGUCCUCUGGAGCUAGGGUACAAAAUGUGUAGUUUGCGAAAAACUCUAACACGGUCUCCACAAAAGCGAAGUAAACCGGCUUUAACAUACCACGAGCUGCUAUCAAAUUUCAACUUCCCACUUGACCUGGACAACAGCGCGCGUAGAUGUAGUGCUUGUAGUAUUGCCCUGACCUCAUCAAAGUAUAAACAAAGUGCCGAAAGGUUUGUUAAUGUAAGUAAACACUUCCAAUUUUCUUUGUUUUGAAAUGGGAAAGGAUCACACAUAUUUAAGAAAAUAUCAUCGCAGAUUUCAGUGAGUGGGUUCGAAGCGCGCAAAAGCCGGUGUUCAGUUCAGCAGUGAAUUAAUAUAUGUUUUCCAAUUUUCCCAGCACUUUUAAGCUACGGAAAAUAAUAAUAAAUAAAUAAAUAAAAAUGAAUAUCAAUGAGGCACAGUCAAAACUGCAUUCAAUAGGACCGGAAUUAAAGUCGAAUCUUGAGACCGAUUUUGAUGAAACAAAUGGUUAGGUUUCCGAAGAAGUCUGGUAAACAUGUGAUACCGACCAAAAGUUAAAAAUAUUUAGAGCACUUAAGUUCUGGCUAAAAGCAAAUUCCUGUACAAGAUGCGUUGCAAUGUUAGUUCACCCAAAAACAAGAACUUCUACAAUUUUCCGAUAAACAAACUUUGUAUCACUAAAAUACUUAAGGGAACACCUUUCUAUUCUAACUGACAACGGUGUGGUAGUCGCCUGCUGAUCGUUAUUAAUCCACUCCCGACAUAUGGCUAACAACUUGAAUUAUUGACAGAAAUCCUCUACGGCAUCGAGAAACUGAUUUAUAGACAAACACUAAAUAAAGAACAUUUUGCUCAACAUCUACCCAUCAACAAUGCAUUUUAUGCAAUACUUUGCGGUUCUUGAAGGGGAAUCAAGACACGAAUCGAUCGCCAAACAACAACAAGCAGCCAUGUUCGUGUCAGACGUCCUUGAGAAACUUGCUCUUUCACCUCGUUCAGCCCAUUAGUCUCCCCUUAAAAUCACCAGAUCGUAACUUAUUUUGUACAACGGAGGUCUUUCCUAAGUUCCUGCUACUAUUUGAAUGUCAAGCAAGCUUUCAAAGUGAACACUUUGGUUCCCAUGACUAUGCACCACUGUCGCUGUCACUGGUCGUAUGCUCUUUAUCAAGUCUUAGUGCACAUGCUCAUGCAAAAAAGAUCCCUGUUGCGUUGCGUAUGAUUGUGAAAUUUAGUGUUCUUGAACUUCACCAUCGCUGUAUAAUCUCUUUUAUUAAAAACUGAAUCAUUGGAUAAUGCAAUUCUAGCAUUUUGAUUGGCUUAGCCGUUAUGGUAUAUGAGCUAUUAUACCAUGCUCUCCAUAUAUGGUCGGUGUACGCGUCAGUUUAAAAGUGGAAGCAAGCCGAGAUUUUUUUUCGCGAAGGAUAGAACGGCGGCCGAAGCAAAUCGUUUUAAUUCAUUUCUUAGAAUACUAGAAAUGCAAUUUCAUCGAAAGAAAAAAAAUACAAAAACAAACAAAAAAGCCACAAGAGCUUGUUUGAAAGUUUGUCGAAAAACACAUGAAAACACAUGGAACUAAAAUACCUUGACCAGCUACGAAAGAAGACAAGUGUUGUUUCUUCACGAUCGCGAAGCCAUUCGCCGAUCGAGUCACUCGCCGAUAGAUAACUGCGGCUUGUUUAUCCGACAUCAAGAGUAAAAAUCAGAAGUAACCAGCUACAAAUACAGGCUAUGCAGCCAUUCACUAGAGCAAUCGAGGCGGCAGUAUAACUUCUUUUCUCGUUCAUCAAAAUCAGCUUGUGGCUUCAAAAAACUUUAUAACUAGCGACUGAAGUAAUAGUUUUUCUCUGUAGUUCUUACUUUUAUAACUGCACCGAAAAUCCAAAUUCACACUAAUUUCGACGGCUGUCACUUAAAAAUUAUUUUCCUUCACUUUAUCUUCCAGGUUUUUUUAGCUGUUCUGCUGUGUAAAAUCCUAGAAUCCCGAUGAGUUUUUAAAAAACUAAUGUUCAUCGCCACAAUGUUUUGAUUUUUCAUUCAUGCAGUCCAGGCGAUUCCGUUCGCGCGUUGACAGUUUUGAUAGACGUGUGACAUGUGAAUAGCGGAAGUCCCUUGUCUUUUCCGGUUUGUUCUAGUCGGGGAGAUUCAACGAGAUUUUGUGGGCGUUUUUAAUAAAACAAUUAUUCCACUCGCGCUUGUUGGAUAUGAGAUGAUUAUAGCCAACUCGGCGCUACCCGCCUCGUUGGCUAUCUAUCAUCUCAUAUCCAACGCACCCUCGUGGAAUAAUUGCUAAUUAUUAUGAUCAUCAAUUGUAAACUUUCUUGCUUCCUUUUAGCUCGACUAGUGUCCAAUUGGAGCUUGUUUAUUGAUAACAAAACAGCAACCAGUAUGCGAGUUUCUUGGAAAAAUCUAUCAGCAUUGCUGAGCCAAAGCGUUCUUCACUAUAUAACUGUCAUAAAAAGUAGCAAUGGAAGCAUCGUGAAUGGAAAUAUCCUGCAAGGGAACACGACAUCUGAUGUUUUCUAUGGGCUGUCGCCAUAUAUGGAAUAUCGACUCAAUGUUCUAAGUGUAAAUGAUAACGGAAAAUUUUAUAAGAGUUCAGAGGCAACAGAGUGGACUGAGGAAUCGGGUAUGUUCAUAACAUUACCGUAGCAAAUAGACUAGCUAUGCUUGUCAAAGCCCAGUUUCUAAUUAUAACCCACUUACAAAAGGCCUUGCACGAGUUGCCUUAAGCUUCUGUUUCAAAGCGAGGCCAAGUGCGAAUCCAUUGAUUUAAAACGAUUUUUUAAAUUUUAUUUAAAAUAAAACUCAUUUUCGUAACAAAGAUUUUGCACUAAGCCUCGAUAGUGAGAGUUUUCGGAACUCGGAAAUGGCCUAUUGAUCUCGGACAUCAAUCUUUUGUGGGAAAUGUUAAUUAAGGUCUUUUGAAUUGCACAACACCCCAAAAUUGAUAAAAUUUGGAGGAAUUCUGGGCGCUUUCAGCUUUAAAACGAAGUACAAUUUUCGUGAAUCGAAUAAAACUAGUGAACUCUAUGCUCGAUUAAAGAGUACGAAAUUUGUCUACUUGAGCCAGAAGGCCAGGUAGAUAGUCCCCUGGGUCGAGUGAAACGAUGACGUAUUUUGAGGCAUUGUUGUUAGCUCCGCCUCGCUUAGUUGUAGCUUCUGCCUUGACUCCCAUUCAUUCGCUCGCUCGCUCUCUCUCUCUCUUUCUAUUGCACUAUUGCAAAAACUGUUGCCUGGCCCAAAGACUCGUCCGCGUAAGGAAUUGCAACAUCGUCAUACUCAGCUUCUCCGCUCGCUCACUAGGUUGGGUCAUAACUUUUUCUUGGAAUUUUUACCGGAUAUUCGGUACAACCGAAGAAUAAAAUUCCAUCCCGAGUCGUCAGAAUCGACACAUGACAUGCUUUCCGAGUGAGACAUCUUAUUUAGACGGGAAGAUGGUGGUUCAACUAAGACUAUGCAACGACGAAAGCAACGAGAACGGCAAAGAAACAAUUAAUAGGUUUUGAUUAUUAGAACAACAGUUUUGACGUGCAUCACGCUUUUUGUACAUUUCUAUGCUGUCGUUGCACGACCACGACAUGUAACUUCCUAAUUUCACGUCAGUGGAGGACGUAAACACAAGACAAAUAGCUCCAGAAAAAUUCACCAACAUCCGACAAAUUGAACGAAAUGUGACAUGGAAAAAGAACGAUCAAUAUGUAAACAACGUGGAUUCACUUUUUAAGAGACCUAAUCCCACAAGACGUGGAAGACUGACAUGCGUAUUGGGCAUUUUAAGGAGAACAAUGCCCCAAAAUGCGUUAUUCGACCCAGGUCCAAAAUGUCACGGCCUAAGAUAUUAGUCCUACAUAUUUUCAAGUCUGUAAAAAGUUCAGAGAUCAGGCUGAAAUUAAAAACAAUCUUUGGCAUUGUUUAUUACAAGUUUUCUAUUUUUAUUCUAUUCCAAAACAAAUUGGGGUGAAAUGCACUUAAUAAACGCACGUAAAACGAUUGGUUAUGAUUACCUUUGAUUAACUAUGUUCCCCCAAUCUAUCCGAGCGUGAACAUAGGAAGUUGUCAAAAUGCAAAAUGCCACGUUAUUCUUUUUUGGGGGGAGGUGGGGGAUCCCGGCACCCCUAGUCUGAAUAGGGCUUAAGCUUAAAAUAAACAAAAACUGUCGGCGUUCUCUUAUUAUUAUUAUUAUUAUUAUUAUUAUUAUUAUUAUUUAGUGCAUUUUUAGGGUGCUAACGGCAGAAAACUUCUAAUAAGAAGUUAAAAAAUGCAAAUGUCCCGCUGUGUAACAGCUUUACAUGUUCUAUUUCUCUCUAGCUCCUGGUCGUGCUCCUAGCGAUAUAGCCUUCUCUGAAGUAACAGCAACGCAGUUCAAAGUUACUUGGAAUACUCUUCCUCGGAGGUUUCACAACGGCCGAUUGUUGGGCUAUAGAAUUUACUUCAGAAGGAGCGCCUAUUAUCUAAAUCCAUUUAAUACAAGCGGUGUAAUCACCAGCAGUCCUAAUGUGACUUGGGCAUUGAUAACAGGAUUAGGACCGGCUCAGCGAUAUGAUAUUUCUGUGGCGGCGUUUACACCCAAGGGCGAAGGGCCGCGUUCCUCUCUUUACUAUGUUACAACAGGUAAAAUAUUAUGAAGACUGAUAAAUUUGGAUAUUACUUAGGUAAAGUUUUAUUCCGGAACAGUAGCUGUAUCCAUCAAGAGAGAGUAAAAGGAAAAAAAAAAAAGAAACAAAAAUAAAAGGAAUGUAAAGUAAACAAGAAAGAAAUGCAUUGGUACUAAGUCAGUCGGCGUAAAGUCCAAGAUCGAAGAUGUUAUGUCAGAGCGUUAUUUAACGAAAAAUGAUACUAAAUUUUGACAUUGGUGUCGGAUAAAAGUAAAAAACAUCUUCGUUUACUCGCCGUCCAAUAAAAUAUUCAAGGAGCUCCUCGCAUACACAAAAAUAAUAACGUACACACAAUAACCAAAACUAUGAACAAUCGUUAUGGCGACCUAACCAAAGUCGUCCCAUCUCCUUUUAGAUUUUCAGGUGAAUAAAUUGACAUAUUUAUAUGGAAUCACAUAACAAAAAAAUUAAUAUAAAUAUUAACAAAUACUGACAUUAAGUUCCCUGAAAUUUAAAAAUAAGCAAUACAUAAAAUUGUUCUCCUCUCUAGUGGUUGUGAAAUAUUAUUCACUUUAGAUGAUAGAGUAACCUUGUAAAAGUGCAUCCCCAGUGCUUUUAUCCAGCGCUGAAAGCGCGAACUCCGUAGAAUGGUCUUAAACAUUAUCUCAUUAUUGUUAUUUGUUUCCUAAUCAUCGAGUCUUAACAGCUUGCAGGGUAGCGGUCAAUCAAUCAUAUGGUGCUAUAAAUGUGACACAUUCCGAUUACACAAGUCUAUACUGCUCCUGGUCAAUCGGGAAUGCCGAGAUCCCUCAGGCAAUUGGUCUCUUUCUAAUCCAAACGAUCAAAUUUCGUUACUGCAGGUAUUCAUUGUUAUUGUUACUUUACUAAAUCGGAUGCCACCCAGUGCCAAAAUUCAAAUAGCACUAUUGUAUUAAGUGUUGGGGACCAUAUUAACCAUGAUUGAAUUCUGGAGGGAAGGAGCCACUUAAACCUUGGUUAAUUGCAAGACCUUAUAAGUUCGGUUAGUAGUACAGCCUUUUUGUUAUUCAGUUUGAGUAGCUUUUAUUAUUAUUAUCAUGUGCUAAAUUGGACCAAGAGAUAAGAAGAGCAGUAAUUAAACGGGAUAUGAAAGUUCAUAGAUUACCUCAUUCGAGUGCUUGUCCGUAAACAACAUACUUUCAUAUCUUGUAAAGAAAAUGAGAAGGAAUCAAUUCUGUUAACGGCCUGAUAUAUAUUCUGUCACGUAGUUAUUACUACAGUGAAUAUUUCAAGAUUUUUGACGGCAAUGGGGUUCUGAAAUUUCACCAAACCGGCUGCUGGUCCUCUGUUCGUGGAACAUUGGUAGAGGUUCCGUUCUUUGCCUCAAACAACAUAACAGCAAGUUUCAACAUGCGUCGCUUGAGAAGUGCUAUCAAGGCUGAUUACCUGAUACUGGGGAAAAGCCUUCGUGCAGGUAAACCCUAAUAUCGAUCAAUUGCAUGUCAAAAAGCUCAUCAACUCCAGCACUUACAUUGGCUCCAUUGCCUCCAAGGCCCUUGUAGUAUGUGGAGCCAAUUUCUCUUCGAAAUGACAGGGGCCGUCGAUCAGUUCUCACUUUUGCUAAGGAUUCUGACAUAAUACAUCACUUAAAAGCGGGAAAAGAUUGUCUGUCAUGCGGUAACUUACUGCAUAUUCUGACGAAAGAUUACAGCAACCUUAUUAUAUAUAUUGUCUGUUUUACCUUCUUAUUUCUUCAAACAUGGUUUGUCGCUAUUUUCCCGUAGGCGGUAGUUUCCCUUUAGUUUAAUUUGAUGCUUACUUGGCCAAGAAGACUUUUAUUUUUUAGCAUUUUUCUACCUCUUUUUCUCGUUGUGAAUAAUUACCACCUCUUAAGCUACGUGCAACGUUUGACCGGUUUCAAACUUUGCGCAACAACUGCCAUCAACACCCAGCAACAUGCAACACAGGCUUUGCAAACGGACGCAACAUGUAACAUUCAACAAUGCUGGGAGUUGUUGGACAACAACGUUGCUUCUGUUUGGGGCAUUAAAUGAUAAUUUGGUUAAUUAUUAAUUUGGUUAAUUAUUUCUCAUACGUAGCUCAAGUGCUUUAUGGCUGGAAUUUAACAGUGGUGAAUAUCACCUAUUCAAGCAUAUUGAUUCGGUGGGCUAACCUUACUAGCCUUAUCAGCCGUAAAGUUGGUCAUUACGUUGUCUUCUUAAACAGAAGGAAUAACAGUGUAGCGUUCCAUCAGGUUGUCAAUGGGGAUCAAUUAACAACGGAAAUCAACGGACUCAGUCAUUUAACAAGUUAUACAGUGGAAGUCGUUGGGAUUGACACUAUGCAGAAGCCAUACAAAACUCCAUCAGAAGCCAUCAUGACGGCAAACCGUCAGAGUAGGUACUUUAAGUAG